AUGUUUGGUCAUCAACAUCACGGCCAACAACAACAGGGUAGUGGUGGUCAAUUUCCGGCACCAUUGGCCGAAAAUGGACAGWUUACUGCMGAAAAUGUCCGACGUAUGCCACUAGCCGUUCCCGAAACACAUUUAAAUUUUACAGCCACUCAGAUGACCAAUAUGACUGUCUUCAAGAAUAUUGUUUGCUCUGGGGGUCCAAUUAAACGUAUAACACUGGACUCGACUUUCCCCAGUGAAGUCACAUGCAAUGGUUACGAUGCAUGGGUUAGCCCGUGGACCUAUCAAGUGGUUACUGUCGAUAAUCGGCGAGAAAAUCUGACAAUUGCUAACUUUUCACAAUAUUAUACUUUUCUGAAUGGCAAUCAAUAUGAAGUGAAUUACGGUGAGAUCAGUGAGGGUCGGUGUAAGGGAGACAUGUUUUUCUCGGUCAAUGCCUAUGUGGCCGACCAGCAGCUCGGGUGUAGCGGUACUGGUCUGAAGUCGGCAUCAAUUGACUACAUUAAUGCCCACAUCUAUGGCUCAAACUGUGCCUCAAACUGUCAAUUGGAUACUAAAGUCAAAUCGUUUUUCCGAUACGACCCACCCAUACAUAACUGAUUAAUUAAUUAUUUAGCUAAAUAUUAAUAAUCAUUAA